GAAAAAAGACAAACACAACAUAUCAACAUAAGGGAAGAUGAGAGUUUCGACAUGAGAUGAUUCUCAUCCCAAUAAUAGUUGUCUGUGUUGAUGUUGAUAAAUUUGAAGAGUUGUUUUUCAUUCUAGAUCAGGCACAGACAAAACUAUUGACUAGAGACAAUUCUUUUGCUGACUUUUGAAGAUUUUUUCUUAUAGCCAAAUUUGUCGUAGCAAUUUGAAAGAAUUUCUAACCACUAACUAAACCCUGAACCAGAAGAUAGUGGAUGGAAAGCUUCAAGGUGCUAGUUUUGUGUUCUCUUCUGCUCCAUUUCAUACCAAGCAUCAACACGCUGGACACCAUUGUUCCAGGACAAUCUGUCAAAGAAGACAAGACUCUAGUUUCAGCAGAUGGUUCUUUUGAAGCUGGAUUCUUCAACUUUGGAGAUCCAAAUCAGCAAUAUUUUGGUAUAUGGUAUAAGGAUAUUUCUCCAAGAACAGUUGUGUGGAUAGCAAACAGAGAUUCCCCACUGGGAAACUCCUCUGGAGUUUUGAAUGUCACUGAUGGAGGAAAUCUUGUUAUUCUUGAUGCCACAAAUGUCUUGGUCUGGUCCUCCAAUACAUCAACAACUGCAAAGAAACCAGUUGUGCAGCUCUUGGAGAGUGGAAACCUAGUUGUGAGAGAAGAAAGCAACCCAGAGAAUCUUCUAUGGCAAAGUUUUGAUCAUCCUGGGGACACUUUGCUUGCCGGAAUGAAAAUUCGAAGUAACUUAAAAAAUGGUAAGUAUACAUCUCUUGUGUCUUGGAAAGACACACAAAAUCCUGCUACAGGUGAGUAUUCAUACCGCAUAGACACUCGCGGUUAUCCUCAAUUAGUGAUUACAAAGGAAAACAAUAUAUCCUUCAGAAUAGGUUCCUGGAAUGGAAAUACUUAUUCUGGAAUUCCAUCUAAAACAAUGUACAGAUUAUUGAAUUUCUCCUUUGUAAUAACUGAUCAGGAAGUAGUGUAUGGAUAUGAACUCCUGAACAAGUCAACUAUUACAAGAUUAAUCCUCACUACAUCAGGCCAAGCGGCGCGAUACAUAUUAUCAGAUCAGACAAAGAGUUGGCAGUUUUUGUUUGCUGGCCCUUCAGACCAGUGUGAUAAUUAUGCCUUUUGUGGUGCUAAUUCUAAUUGUGAUGCUAAUGUCACUCCGUUAUGCGAAUGCCUUCCCGGUUUUGUUCCCAAAUCUCAAGAAGACUGGAAUUCACAAAGGUGGUAUGAUGGGUGUGUUCGCCAAGUUAACUUAGAUUGUGUCCCUAAUAAUGGCUUUCUGAAGUAUACUGGAAUGAAAUUACCUGAUACGUCGGCAUCAUGGUUUGAUAAGAGCAUGAAGCUUGAGGAAUGUGAAAAAUUCUGUCUGAAAAAAUGCUCUUGCUCAGCAUAUGCAAGUUUAGAUAUCAGAGAUGGUGGGAGUGGCUGCUUGCUUUGGUUCAAUAACGUCAUCGACCUGAGGAAACUGACCUCUGGAGGACAAGACCUGUAUAUAAGAGUGGCGGCUUCAGAAUUAGGGCAUAACAAGGGCUUGAACAAGGAGCAGCUUGCAGGGGUUCUGGCAGGAUGUAUUAUGUUCAUCGUGGCCAUGAUAAUAUUGGGAAUGGUCUUACUUUGGAGAAAGAGGACGAAGAAACUUCAGAACCCAGGGAAGAAGCAAAUAUUUAGAUGGAACAAUCACCCUCACAACAAAGAGAAUGAAGACAUUGACAUUCCAAUAUUUGAUUUAUCAACCAUAGCUAAUGCAACUGAUAACUUCUCCAUUUGCAACAAAUUGGGAGAAGGUGGAUUUGGACCAGUUUACAAGGGUACUUUGACAAAUGGGCAAAACAUAGCUGUGAAGCGACUAUGCAAUAACACGGGACAAGGACCGCAAGAGUUCAUAAAUGAAGUUUUUCUAAUUGCAAAUCUUCAGCACCGAAAUCUUGUGAAACUUCUUGGGUGUUGCAUUCAAAAUGAUGAGAGAAUCUUGAUAUAUGAAUUCAUGAUAAAUAGAAGCUUGGACUACUUCAUUUUUGAUCAAACUGGACAAAUUUUACUGCUUUGGGAUCAGCGCUUCAAAAUUAUUAGCGGGAUUUCUCGGGGACUUCUCUAUCUUCAUGAGGAUUCAAGAUUAAGGAUUAUCCAUAGAGACCUCAAGGCCAGCAACAUUCUUCUAGACGAAAAUAUGAAUCCAAAAAUAUCAGACUUUGGCCUUGCUAGAAUCUUUGGGGGAGAUGAAGCUGAAGACAAGACAAAGAGAGUAGCAGGAACGUAUGGAUAUAUGUCUCCAGAGUAUGCAGCCCAUGGGUAUUUCUCAGUGAAAUCAGAUGUCUUCAGUUUUGGUGUCAUUUUACUAGAGAUAGUUAGUGGAAAGAAUAACAGGGAAUAUUUUCCCAAUGACCUUCAACUUAUUGGACAUGCAUGGAAAUUAUGGUGCAAAAACACGCCAUUGGAGGUGUUAGAUGAAUCUCUGGGCGACUCAAUUGCUCCAGCUAUACAAGAAGUAUCGAGAUGCAUUCACACCGGACUACUAUGCGUUCAAGAGAGGCCAGAGGAUAGACCAGACAUGUCAGCCGUUGUUCUAAUGCUGAAUGGUGAGAAACCAUUGCCCAGACCAAAGGAACCUGCCUUUUAUCCUCGUCACUUAAGCUCUCCAUCAGCAAAUAGUAAGCGACAUUCUACCAAUGAAAUUUCUUUGUCAUUGUUAGACACGGAAUACAGGAAACAGUGGAUGGAAAGCUUCAUAGUGCUAGUUUUGUGCUCUCUUCUGCUCCAUUUCAUACCAAGCUUCUACACACUGGACAUAGUUGCUCCAGGACAAUCUUUGAAAGAUGACAAGACUCUAGUUUCUGCAGAAGGGUCUUUUGAAGCUGGAUUCUUCAACUUUGGAGAUCCAAAUAGCCAAUAUUUUGGUAUAUGGUAUAAGGGUCUUUCUCCAAGAACAGUUGCAUGGAUAGCAAACAGAGAUUCCCCAGUGGGAAACUCCUCAGGAGUUUUGAAUAUCACUGAUGGAGGAAACCUUGUUAUUCUUGAUGCCACAAAGGGCUUGGUCUGGUCCUCCAAUAUUUCAACAACUGCAAAGAAGCCAGUUCUGCAGCUCCUGGAGACUGGAAACCUUGUUGUGAGAGAAGAAAGCAACCCAGAGAAUCUUCUAUGGCAAAGUUUUGAUCUUCCUGGGGACACUUUUCUCCCAGAAAUGAAAAUUCGCAGCAACAUAAAAAUUGGUAAUUACACAUCUCUUGUGUGUUGGAAAGACACAGAAAAUCCUGCUAGGGGUGAGUAUUCAUAUCGCAUAGAUACUCGCGGUUAUCCUCAAGUAGUGAUAACACAGGGAGAGACAUUAUUGUUCAGAGUAGGCUCAUGGAAUGGCAAAAUUUUAACUGGAAUUCCUUCUGAGACACUCUACAAAUUGUUUGAUUUCUCUUUUGUGAUUACUGAUGAGGAAGUUUCAUAUGGAUAUCAACAAAUGAACCAGUCAAUUAUAUCAAGAUACAUGCUCACUUCAAUAGGCCAAGUACAACGUUUGGUCUGGUCAGACCAGACAAAGAGUUGGCAGCUUUUCUUUGUUGGCCCUGCAGACCAGUGUGAUAAUUAUGCCCUUUGUGGAGCUAACUCUAAUUGUGAUGUUGAUAACUCUCCAACAUGUGAGUGCCUUCAAGGUUUCAUCCCCAAAUCUCAAGGGGAUUGGAAUUCACAAAAGUGGAAUGAUGGUUGUGUUCGAAGAGUUAAUUUAGAUUGUGGUCUCAGUGAUGGGUUUCUGAAGCAUACCGGAAUGAAACUACCAGACACGUCAGCGUCGUGGCUCAAUAAGAGCAUGAACCUUGAGGAAUGUGAGAAAUUCUGUCUGAAAAACUGUUCCUGCACAGCAUAUGCAAGUUUAGAUGUCAGAGAUGGCGGGAGUGGCUGCUUGCUUUGGUUCAAUAAUAUCAUGGACGUGAGGAUCAUGACCUCCGGAGGACAAGACCUUUACAUAAGAGUGGCAGAUUCAGAAUUAGACCAUCACACGGGCUUGAACAAGAUGCAGCUUGCAGGGGUUCUGGCAGGCUGUUCUGUGUUCGUCGGGGCCAUGAUAAUACUGGGAGUGGCCUUACUUUGGAAGAAGAAACUUAAGAAGACAGGAAAGAGCCAAAUACUUAGAUGGAAGAGUCACCCAGACAACAAAGAGGAUGAAUCCAUUGACAUACCAAUAUUUGAAUUAUCAACCAUAGCUAAAGCAACUAAUAACUUCUCCACUAGCAACAAAUUGGGAGAAGGUGGAUUUGGACCGGUUUACAAGGGUACUUGGACAAAUGGGCAGGAUAUAGCAGUGAAGCGGCUAUGCGAUAACUCAGGACAAGGACCAAAAGAGUUCAUUAAUGAAGUUGUUCUAAUUGCCAAUCUUCAACACCGAAAUCUUGUGAAACUUCUUGGGUGUUGCAUUCAAAAUGAUGAGAGAAUCCUGAUAUACGAAUUCAUGAUUAAUAGAAGCUUGGACUACUUUAUUUUUGAUCAAACUAGAAAGAGCUCACUGCUUUGGGCUCAACGCUUUAAAAUUAUUUGCGGAAUUGCUAAAGGACUUCUCUAUCUUCAUGAGGAUUCUAGAUUAAGGAUUAUCCAUAGAGACCUGAAGGCCAGCAACAUUCUUCUAGAUGAAAAUAUGAAUCCAAAAAUAUCAGAUUUUGGUCUUGCUAGAAUCUUUGGGGGUGAUGAAGUUGGAGAGAAAACAAAAAGUGUAGCAGGAACUUAUGGUUAUAUUUCUCCAGAGUAUGCAGCCCGUGGGUAUUUCUCAGUGAAAUCCGAUGUCUUCAGUUACGGUGUUAUUUUACUAGAGAUAGUUAGCGGAAAGAAAAACACGGGAUAUUUUGACCAUCAUGAUCUUCACCUUCUUGGACAUGCAUGGAGACUGUGGUGCGAACAAAUGUUACUGGAGCUGAUAGAUGAAUCUCUAGGCGACUCAAUUGCUCUAGCUGAACAAGAAGUAUUGAGAUGUAUUCAGACUGGACUUCUAUGUGUGCAAGACAGACCAGAGGAUAGGCCAGACAUGUCAGCUGUAGUUCUUAUGCUGAAUGGUGAGAAACCAUUGCCAAGACCAAAGGAACCCGCCUUUUAUCCGCGUCACCUAGGCUCUUCAUCAGAAAAUAGUAAGCUACAUUCUACCAAUGAGAUGUCCAUGUCAUUGUUAAAACCGAGAUAGUUUAUAUUGGUGAGACAGAGAAUGAGACAUGGUUUGGAGAUAGGAGACUUCAAUCCUAAGGAGUUUAAUAGGAUUCAAUGCAAACAAAAUAGGUUUGCUUCUCAAUGUAUACGACUGAAUACAAAUCUGAAAGGUGUUUAAGUAUAGAAAACUUCACUA